AUAUAUUUAAGUAACCGCUCUCUUUGGAUGGUGCACUUCAACACAUUCAACCAAGGUCGUCGGACGGGGGUUUGUUUGUUAAGAAUUCAGCACGCCAGUUCACUCGAAUGCCGUGUGUCUAAAGUGUUUCUAGUGUAGUGCAGUAGUCAUUAAUAAACAUAGUAUAGUGUCGCGCGGCUGACACAUAUUCUCAGUGAACAAGGUGAAUUAUGGCGGGAGACCGACAGUAUAGUUUUCAGACUGGACAGAAAAAUGAAUUCCAGGUCCUGGAUUACAUUCUGUUUGCAGGAUUACUGAUAUGUUCCGCGGGAAUCGGAUUAUUCUACGCCAUCAAGGAUAGGAAGAAGUCCAACACCAAGGACUUUCUGCUGGCCGGAGGGGACAUGAACCCUAUUCCCGUGGCCCUGUCCCUCCUGGCCAGCUUUAUGUCCGCCAUUACUCUACUUGGGACCCCUGCGGAGAUGUACAAUUACACGACGAUAUAUUGGUGGAUAGGCCUGGGCUAUUUCUUCGUUAUCCUUGGUGCGGCCCACGUUUACAUGCCAGUAUUCUACCGGCUCCGCGUGACAAGCUCAUACGAGUACCUAGAGCUUCGAUUCGGAAAAACUUCCCGAACCAUUGGAGCCAUCAUUUACGUAGUUCAAAUGACGCUGUACAUGUCCAUUGUUCUCUACGCUCCCUCUUUGGCGCUCAAUGCUGUGACCGGGUUUACUCUGUGGGGCUCUAUAUGGGCGGUCGGCCUAGUAUGCAUAUUUUACACAACGAUUGGUGGUAUGAAGGCCGUGCUAUGGACGGACACUUUCCAGGUGGGCAUGAUGUUGGCCGGGCUCCUCGCGGUCCUAAUCCAGGGCAGUAUAGAAGUGGGCGGAUUCAGUAAAGCGUGGGAGCGUUCUGUCGCCACCGGCCGAAUCAACUUUGUAGAUUUUGACCCAGACCCGGCCAUCCGCCACAGUUUCUGGACCUGUGUGGUGGGAGGGUGUUUCACUUGGCUCAGUGUGUACGGUGCAAACCAAUCACAGAUUCAGCGCGCGAUCACGUGCUCCACCUUACGGAGAGCUCAGUUGGCUUACUGGUUGAACUGGCCGGGGCUCUGCAUCAUCUUGUACCUGUGUGCUAUGAUAGGUACAGUAAUAUACGCCUUCUACGAGACGUGUGACCCUAAAACAUACGGGCUUAUUACAGCUUCUGACCAGUUACUCCCGCUUUUUGUGUUGGACGUCCUGGGACACAUACCCGGAAUUCCUGGACUUUUUGUGUCCUGUCUCUUUUCAGGUGCUCUCAGUACUCUCUCUUCCGGACUAAACUCCAUCGCCGCUGUCCUGUUACAAGAUGUGCUCAGGGUGUUCUGUGUUGGGCGGAUAACUUCAGAAACCAUUGCUACGAACGCAUCUAAGAUCAUUGCUUUAAUAUUUGGCUUUAUAUGCCUUGGACUAACCUACGUGGCCUCACUCUUAGGAGGAGUGCUGCAGGCGGCGCUGGCGCUUUUCGGCGUGAUUGGCGGUCCCUUGUUGGGUGUUUUUACACUUGGAAUGAUGUUUCCAUGGGCUAAUGAAAAGGGUGCCGUAGUCGGUAUGUUGACGAGUCUGACCCUGAUGUUAUGGAUAAGUGUCGGUUACCAGAUACACAAACCUAAGGUAGCCACGUUUUCUCCCAUCUCUGUGGAGGGCUGUAACUGGAAUAUCUCAGACAAAUCUCCUCCCCCGCACCUCACCUCCUUCUACACCAACAGCCUCAACCAGAGCUCUACCCUGAUCAACUCAACCAUCACAGCUGCUGCUGAAAUGACGAAAGAGGACUCGUAUAACAUAAUGGACCGCUUCUACUCACUGUCGUACCUAUGGUACAGUGCCACGGCCAUGAUUGUAGUGAUUGGGGUGGGAAUGGCGGUCAGUGCUAUCACAGGAUUUGAGAAGCCUAGUGAAAUGGAUCCCAAACUGUUCUGUCCGAUAUUUGAUGUGUUCUGUCCAUUUCUACCGGAGAAGAUCAGAAAACCUCUUAGAUUUGGAGUACAGUACGAUAAGAUGAAGUCGUGUGGAGAAAUGGAGAUGGAUUUCCAGGAUAAAAUAGAUGGCAAAGAAGAGGAAGCAUCACCUCUACAAGGGAAAGUUGUAGCAGAGGUCAAUGGUGAUGGCUCUAAAGCCAUGUGACAAGAGAGAAACUCCUAGUCCACAUACACAUUAGGGCAUAUUGUAAUAAAACUCUACAUGUUCAGUAUCGUUCAUCUCUCAUGGAAACCAGCAUUAAAUCAUCACUUAUUUCUAGGAUUCAUUACGCAAACAUAGAUUUCUAAGUAGAUACUGUACAUAAUCAGUCUCUUGUUCCCAUAAGUAGAGCGUGAGCAAUUGCAUAGUACAUAUGUACUGUAGAAAGCUUUGCACACUAAAUCAUUGCUAUUGUUGAACUUGUAAUACUUUUAAUGAUGAUUUUGAAUUUUGGAUGCCAAUAUAGUACUUUCUAUAGUUCACAGAAUUAUUAGGUUGUCAUGGUGUUCUGUUGGGCCACUAGUACCUUCGACUUUAGGGCAAGAUGCCAGGGUGCAAAGACGACAGUGCGAAAUUGCAAAGGCGAAGGGACGAAAUUGGAAAGAUGGGAUGGGGAAGUGUAAAGAUACGAAGGUGAAGAAGCGAUACUACUAUCACUCCUUUGCCUUUGCACUCUCACCUUUGCAACUUCGCCUUUUGAUGUGUGCAACUCUUUAACAUUUAAAGAGAAUUUUAGCUUUAAAAAAAUGCGUCUGCAGAAGAAGACAAGCUUUAGAGAAAAUAUUUUUAACAAUUUAACAAUCCAAACACCUUAUUGUGUAAUGAAUUUUAAGUGUAACUAUGUGUAAAUCUUAUUGAAUUAAGGUAAGCAGACUGGCAAGGGUCUGAAGUCUGGAAGGGCACACACACUGACAGGCAUUACAUUUUAUAUGGAGUACAAGAUAAAUAAGCUUAGAUAGCAAUGGUAAAAAGAUGCCGGUAUGUCAGAUAACCCAGUAAAAUAUUGAUGAACUUUUAGUAAGCACGAUGGCCGUCACACUGUCUACUGCAUGCGUACCAAUAAAAUCCGAGACUAUGGCGACUUCAAUACCUCCAUCAAAUUAUCUGUAAUCAACAGACAGAGAGAAAGCAAUACGAAGGUAGUAGUGUGAAAGGCAAAGGAAGGAUAGUAGUAUUGCUCCUUCACCUUCACACUUUUACCUUCGUGCUUAGCCAUCGCGUGUUCGCACUUUUGCUCCUUUGCUUUCGCACUUUUUCCUUCGCACUCUCGAAUCCUCGCCCUAAAGGCGAAGUUGGAAGUGGCCUCAAUGAAAAACACCAUAGGUUGUAUAUUGCAAUUUAAGAACCUCAUCUUCUGUCCAUCUGAAGUUUUUGUUUAAUUUAUAGAUUAUCAUGAUGAAUCAUUGCAACUCAAAUGGCAAAAGAAGGUCAUGUUUGAUUUUUUACUUGUCAUCAUCAAACAAGUCAUACAUACUCCAAUACUCAAUUCUUUAUAUAUCGGAGUUCAGUGCUCCUUUUAUCAUUUUACUAGUAUUAUUACUAUCAAAUCAAAUUUUUAACCUAACCAUAAAGAAAAAUCGUCAGACCUUCUUCUGUAUGAAUAAAUUGAUUUAAAACAAUA